AUGUCUGGGGAACCACUAGUGCCCGCCCGGCAGGGCGCAACCUCCCCGUCACCUGCGAAAGAGCUAUACCCCAUGAGCAAGUGGAAGUACGAUACUUUCCUCUGGACGAUGUCUGUGCUGGUUGAUCUUUUCUUCCGCGAGGUGCAUCCUCGUGGCUCCUGGAAGGUUCCUCGUCACGGCCCCGUCCUCUUCGUCGCUGCUCCGCACGCCAACCAGUUCGUCGAUGCUCUCAUCUUGCAGCGAACACUCAGAAUGGAGGCGAAACGGCGUGUCUCGCUUCUGAUCGCCCAGAAGUCGGUUCAUGGUUUCAUCGGAUGGGCGUCCCGCCAGGUCGGAUCUGUCCCUGUUGGCCGUGCCCAGGACUCAGCAAAGCCGGCGCAGGGUACCAUCUACCUACCAGAUCCCAUCAACGACCCAACCCUUAUCCGCGGAAUCGGUACCGACUUUAAGAAAGAAGCCGAUGUUGGCGGCAUGCUCUUCCUCCCUUCCGCUGAAGGCCAAACUGGAGCGAGCGUCGACAUAGCCAAGAUACUCGGCCCGAACGAACUACGCAUCAAGCGCCCCUUCAGAGGCAAGCUUGCCCUGAGACAGCUUACUGCGCGCGACGACAUUGACGAUAACGGCAACCUUACCAGCGUGGAUGUCGACGGGUCUAAGCCCGGAUAUGAGGGGACCAAGUACAAGCUCGCGCCCCACAUUGACCAGUCCAAGGUCUAUCAGGCUGUGUUCGACCGUCUCAAAUCUGGUGGCUGUGUCGGCAUCUUCCCAGAAGGCGGUAGCCACGACCGCACGGAGCUGCUCCCGCUCAAGGCGGGCGUGGCCAUCAUGGCGCUGGGCACUCUCGCUGAAGCUCCCGACUGCGGCCUCAGGAUCGUGCCAGUUGGCAUGAACUACUUCCAUGCCCACAAGUUCCGAUCGCGUGCCGUCGUCGAGUUCGGCCCUCCGUUUGAGGUUCCCCCGAAGCUCGUCGACAUGUAUAAGAACAAUCAGAGGAGGGACGCGAUCGGCCAGCUACUAGACAUGGUGCACUCCUCCUUGCAUGCCGUCACCGUUUCGACGCCCGACUACGACACGUUGAUGGUCAUCCAGGCGGCGCGCAGGCUGUAUAAUCCCACCGGCAAGAAGCUUCCCCUUCCCGUUGUUGUCGAGCUGAAUCGCCGCCUUGCUCUGGGCUACGAGAAGUACAAGAACGACCCACGAAUUAUCAAGCUCAAGGAGUCCGUCACCGAGUACAAUAAGCAGCUUCGUUAUCUGAACAUUCGCGAUCACCAAGUCGAGUACGCCAAGAUGUCGUGGUUCACGGUCGUUUUCACCUUCUUUUACCGGCUCACCAAACUCGUCCUUCUCUCGGCGGGAGUGAUCCCGGGUCUCGUGCUCUUCGCGCCCGUAUUCAUCGCGACCAAGUACAUAAGUCACCAAAAGGCCAAGACAGCGCUUGCCGCAUCCUCAGUGAAGAUACAGGGCAAGGACGUGAUCGCGACGUGGAAGCUUUUAGUCUCGAUGGCUUUCGCGCCGAUUCUCUACAACUUCUACACUGGCAUCACUGCCUACAAGGUCUAUCAGGACAGGCUCGGCGGUCGCGUUCCCGAGUGGGUGCCGAUUUGGGCGGUGUUUCUGGCCGGCUGGGUAUUCUUCCCGGCCAUCACAUUUGCUGCCCUGCGCUUCGGCGAGGUGGGCAUGGAUAUCCUCAAGUCGCUCAGGCCGCUGGCACUCUGCAUCCACCCUUCGUCUAGUUACAGUAUCAGCCAGUUACGCGAGCGCCGUGCCGAGCUGGCGCGCCAGGUCACGGACGCCAUCAACACGCUCGGGCCCGAGAUGUUCCCCGAUUUUGAGCACACCCGGCUGGUCUUUGACGCCUACGCCCGCGGGGCCACGACGGACGCAUCCAACGCCUUCCUUAACAACGCCGCCGGCUCGCCCACGUCGCCGACCGGCCCGACGACCCACUCCCGUAGUCACAGCGGCGAGUCAUCGCCAAGGGGCGCCAGCCCGACGCUCUCUCGGCGCAACACGACGCAGUCGAGCCGCGCCAUCCCGCGCAACGAGUCGUUCAGCAACAUUGGCCAGGCGCCGCUGUUCGCCACGCGCCCGCCCAGCCGCAGCCGCAGCCGCAGCAGCAGCGCGGGCGGCGGGCUCGGUUCGGCUGGAUUUCCUAUCAGCGGGUUCACGAGGCUGGAUAGCAAGGAGGGGUUUGCGGCGGCGAAUCGCAAGAUUAGGGAGGCGAUGCGGGAAAGGGGGGAGUUGAGGAGGCGGCAGAGCGAGAAGAGGCGGCAAUCGUUGGUCGAUGGGGAUGGGAUGACGAGUGAUGAUGAAGGGGAGAGUCUCUCGGGCGUUUCAAUGGGGGAUUAUGAGGAGGCGAGGAAGGCGCAGUGA